AUGCCAGACUACGACAGAGACGACAGACGUCGUAACGGGGAAUCAUCCCACAGCAGGAGCCAUAAACGUCGAGCUCCCGACGACACCCAAGACGACCUCCCUCAACCAUACAAUGCAAACACCCUACAAGCCGCCAAGAGACGCGCCGUCUCGCCAUCCGAGCAACCACGCAAGCAAAAACGCCCCGGAGCAAGAGCCCGCAUCUCAGAAUCCGAGCGCGAGGCAAUUCGGCAGCGCCAAAUCGAGCGAGAGCGCGAGCAAGCCGCCCAACAAGCCGCCGCCGCCGAGCAAACCCGCAUGAGAGGCGUCCACGACGUUGUCCGCCAACACUACAACAGCGUUCCCGAGCGAGGCAGGCAAUGGAGAACAACGGACAGCAAGAUCAAGGGCCUCCGCGUCUUCAACAAUUGGAUCAAAAGCUGCAUAAUCCAGCGGUACUCCCCUGAUGAAGACCACACCCCCGGAUCGCGCGAGCUGGGCCGCUCCAGCGGCAAAGACCUCCUCGUUCUCGACAUUGGGUGCGGAAAAGGCGGCGACCUGAACAAAUGGCAACAGGCACCGCAACCAAUUCAGCUCUACGUCGGUCUCGACCCUGCCGACGUCAGUAUCGAGCAAGCCCGCGAUCGCUACAGAACCCUCAGCUCGCGAGGGGGACGCGGCGGCCGAGGAGGCUUCAACCGCCGGCCCCCCCCUCGCGUAUUCGAUGCCCGGUUCCACGUAAAGGACUGUUACCGCGAGAGCAUCGAAGACAUUGAGAUUAUCCGCCAAGUUGGCUUCGACCCGUCCCCCAUGAACAAGCGUGGCUUCGACGUCGUAACCAUGAUGUUCUCCAUGCACUACGCCUUUGAGUCGGAAGAAAACGCACGCACAAUGCUGCGCAACGUGGCGGGAGCCUUGAAAAAGGGCGGCCGUUUCAUCGGCUGCAUCCCCAACUCGGACGUGCUGGGCGAAAAAGUCCGCGAGUUCAACGAAAAAGCCGCCGCGAAAAGGGCACAAAAGGAACAGAAGGAGAAACAGGACGGUGAAACUACCACACCGCCGCCGGCUGAGCCUGAAGACGGCGAACUCGAAGAGGGCGAAGAGGAACCUACCGCAGAAUGGGGCAACUCCAUCUACCGCGUGCGGUUUCCUGGCAAGACACCUGAUGACGGUAUUUUCAGACCGGCAUUCGGGUGGAAGUACAAUUUCUUCUUGGACGAGGCGGUGGAGGAAGUUCCGGAAUAUGUGGUCCCGUGGGAGGCUUUCCGUGCACUGGCAGACGACUUUAAUCUGGAGUUACAGUUCCACAGAACAUUCAGUGAGAUUUGGGAGGCGGAGAAGGACGAUCCUGAGUUGGGACCAUUGAGUGAGAGGAUGGGCGUGAGGGAGAGAGGCGCAGGACCACUUUUGGUGUCUGAUGAGGAGAUGGAGGCUGCUAGCUUCUAUAUUGGCUUUUGCUUUUACAAGGUGUGA